AUGAAGUUUCGUAUCAACGGCCCGGUGGCCAUUAGUCUCCUCUCAUGCUUAACCUUGGUUUCAGCUCAAACGUACACGGACUGCAAUCCGCUGGAACAAUCCUGCUCUCCAAAUCCAGCACUCGGAACCUCAGCAAACUUCGACUUCACCCAGGGAUCUUCCGAUGAGUUCACCGAAAUUAUGGCCCCGACAUACGGUGACGACGGGGCAGCCUUUACUGUGUCCAAACAAGGAGAUGCCCCAUUGCUCCAGUCCAACUGGUACAUCAUGUUCGGACAUGUUGAAUUCGUGAUCAAGGCUGCACCAGGAGUGGGCAUCGUUAGCAGCGCAGUAUUGCAGUCAGACGACUUGGAUGAGAUUGACUGGGAGUGGCUGGGAGGCAACAAUGAACAUGUCCAAACCAAUUACUUCGGAAAGGGCAACACCGACACGUACAACCGCGCAGCUACCCAUGACAACACAGGAAACCACGAUAGCUUCCACACUUAUACCAUCGACUGGACUAAGUCCCACAUCGUGUGGCAGAUUGAUGGCAAAACCGUUCGUGUACUCACCCCCGACUCUGCAGAGUCCAAUCAAUACCCUCAGACGCCCAUGAUGGUCAGGAUUGGUGUCUGGGCUGGUGGUGACCCCAACAAUCCCGAGGGGACAAUCCAAUGGGCGGGUGGCAAGACCGAUUAUACUGCUGGUCCCUUUACAAUGUACCUGAAGUCUCUCAAAGUGACCGAUUAUUCAACCGGCAACUCUUAUAAAUACGGUGAUAACAGCGGGUCAUGGCAGUCAAUCGAAGCAGAUGGUGGCGAGGUCAAUGGAAACAGUGCUGCCCAAACUAUGACGGAUGUUGGCCCGGGGCCUUCCAUUACCGCAACAGCUGACAGCGGUCCGAUUCCAUUUGAAGGAACACACCGUCAGACCACUAGUUAUACCCCGCCAAAUGUAUUCCCCUGGGUUCCAAACCCAAGCAGUGAUGGUGGCUCGAGCGAUUCCUCAUCCACAGAUUUGCCAGGUGGUUGGCAAUUUGCUGGCUCCGGACAUGUGCAGCCGCCCAGUCGAUCCUCUAUGAGUGAGCAUUGCCUGCAAUCCCGUUUUAUACCCUCGUCGAACUUCUUGCUAAAGCGAUGUCUUUUUACAACACAGUAUACACCCCCGUCUACAUCUGUCUCGCAUCGCUCCUGGCUGGUUUCGUCCUCCCCUUCCGGCCCUGAGUCCCCACUACCAGCUCAUCAAUCGGGCUUCUACGAAACGGAGUCGGCAGAAAAGUCUAACACAGCGACUGCAAAAUUCGAACGGGUUUUGCUCGGUCGAGACCAGGACUACAUUGAUACCGCUUAUAUUGCACCGACCACCAAUGCUGCGAAUUCCCUGUGUGAUGCGCGCUUGGCUUUUGGUGCUCUGUCUGUGCUUAUCAGUAGUUUUCUGGUCACUGUCUGA